ACGCAAACCACGUGGCAGGAAGUGUUGUUUCUAGUGGGAACCCGCGAAUAUUACACGAACUGACAGCUCGUCCGUACAAUUGAAAACAGCUGAAGAGGACAUUUAGCAGUCAUGUCUAGACAGAUGGGUGACGGACACAGGCUGUUCCUGCAGAACAUGAUGACCAACGGCAUCGUCAGUGCAGCUCAGGCUGGAAUGCUCCACAAGAAGUGCUGCGAGCUCCAUGGAGGGCAAGAAAAAAUUGAUGAUUUCAUCAAUGUUGUCAACACUCACCUUCAGCCCCUCUUUAUGCAUAUCCGUAAAGGGAUGUCGGAGGAGGAUGGCCAGGAACAUUUUGUUUUGGUAAAUAUGGCAGAAACCGACAUUACACGAAUGGCUGCUGAUUAUGCGGAGAACGAGCUGGAGUUGUUCAGAAAAAUAAUGGAUCUGAUUGUGGAGUCUGAUUCCGGUUCUGCCUCAUCCACAGCAAUUCUAAAUUCUGCCGACAGGCUGAUCUCAAAGAAAUUAAAGAAAAAAGAAGCAGAGCUAGUCUUGAAUAAAUUUGUACAAGACAAAUGGUUAAAAGAGCAAGAUGGUGAGUACACUCUAAGUGUUCGCUGCAUUGUGGAAAUGGAGCCAUAUAUGCGCACAAUAUACCAGGACAUGAUCAAAGUGUGCUACGUGUGCCACAACAUCGCCCUACAGUGCCAGGUAUGUGAAAAUCCAUCAUGUGAAAUCAAGGUCCACCUUCCCUGUGUCGCUCGAUAUUUCAGAGCGCGCAGUGACCCUCAUUGCCCUGCAUGCAAUGAUUUCUGGCCUCAUGAGAUUCCAGAAAUGCAGGCACCUCAGUCACAGAGUUCACAAAACCUGCCUUCCUCGUCUAAAGAGAACACUGCACCCACACACACACGCCGGUCAAGACGAGUGUAGCUGAUUCACUGCUACUGCCUGUCUUUGGGGAUUUUUACAAGUGCUUUAUCUUAAGAGUUGAGGAUUGUUUGUUCUAUUUUUCUAUUAUUAAUAUAUAUAUAUAUAUUGAAACAAUUUGUUUAUAAAUUUCACACUAUUUUUAUUGGAAUUCCUUUUCAUUCAAAUUUAUUUACAAGUAAUCAGCACAUUUUGUACAGUUGUUAAGAUUAAAAAGGUUUUGGUAUCACUUUAUUUUGGAUGGUUCCUUUAACACACUUUGCUGAUUUAAGUCUACUAUUUUGAGACUUAUUAGAAUGUUAGUAAACCAUAAGUUUGGGGUUAAAGUAUGGUUAGUGUAAGUUGACACAUACUAGGAAAUUUUUGUAUAUUAGUGAUAGUAAUACAGUAAUAUGCGUUGUAAUGUGUGUUGGUGGAGCAUUGUUAGCAGAUUUGUAACUAAACUUAUACUCUAAUAAGAAUUAGUUGGUGUGUUAACUUACAGUCAACAAAAUGUGCAAUAGGAACCAUCAAAUUAAAGUGAAAGAGUUUUACGAGAAGCAUGUUGUUUGACCAUUCAGUUGUAAAAAUAAAGAAUUGCUUAAUACUA